GUGCGAGAUGCUCGCACCUUUUCUUUAAUAUCUAGCCCAUGCUCAGGUUUGUUUAAAACCUGCAGCACGAAGCAAAACAACCGCUAAAUUUGUAACCGUGAAUCCUUUUCACAAAAAAAAAAAAAAAAAAACGUGCACAAGCUAACUAGCGAAGCUAAGUUGAAUCCAACGCUAACUGUUAGCAGCUGCUAGCUGCAUCCAACAAAAGACUCCUCGCCUCCUCGUCUGUCGUUAUCAAGUGUUGUUCCCGCCGCGUGCAAAAGUAACAUCUGUAACCGUGUGUUGGUGGGUCUAAAUAGUGACAAAUAGAAGAACAUUUUCUUUUUAACCUGAAGCUGACUCCUCCGGUCCUUUUGGAUCAUGGCUAAAGAUGCUGGUCUGAUUGAAACAAAUGGAGAGCUGAAGGUUUUCAUCGAUCAGAAUCUAAGCCCAAGCAAAGGUGUCCUAUCUUUGGUUACUGUCCAGCCUACAGCUGCCCCCGUAGCCAAACAGCUACUACCCAAAACUCUUGGGCCAUCCAAUGUGAACAUUGCUGCACACAUGCAACAUGUGCCACACAUGGUGAUUGGAACACCCCAGAGGCCCACGGUAUCGAAUACCAUUUUGGUAAACAGUCCACACACACCCAGCUCGCAGUUCCUCACUCAGAGUCAACCAUCUGAUGCCUCUCCGUGGUCAUCAGGGAAACGUGGUAAGAAAGGGGAAAAGAAUGGGAAAGGCUUGAGGCAUUUCUCCAUGAAAGUGUGUGAGAAGGUGCAGAAGAAAGGAGUAACCACCUACAAUGAAGUGGCAGACGAACUGGUCGCAGAAUUCAGCUCUUCAGACAACCACAUGUCACCCAAUGACUCGCACGUGUACGACCAGAAGAACAUUAGGCGGCGUGUGUACGACGCACUUAACGUGCUCAUGGCCAUGAACAUUAUCUCUAAAGAGAAGAAAGAAAUCAAAUGGAUUGGCCUUCCCACCAACUCAGCGCAAGAGUGCCAAAACCUCGAGGUGGAGAGACAAAGGCGGCUAGAGAGGAUUAAGCAGAAACAGUCACAGCUUCAGGAGCUCAUACUGCAGCAAAUAGCUUUUAAGAACCUGGUUCAGCGGAACAGACAGACAGAGCAGCAGGCAAACAGACCUCCACCUCCAAACUCCAUCAUCCACCUUCCCUUCAUUAUUGUCAACACCAGCAAGAAAACUGUCAUCGACUGCAGCAUCUCAAACGACAAGUUCGAGUAUUUGUUCAACUUUGACAGCAUGUUUGAGAUCCACGAUGACAUCGAGGUGCUGAAGCGCAUGGGCAUGGCCUGUGGCUUGGAGGUGGGAAAGUGUUCUCCAGAGGAUCUGAAGGUCGCACGUAGCCUGGUGCCCAAAGCUCUGGAGCCGUACGUUAUAGAGAUGGCAAAGGGUCCCAUCAGUAACGUCUACAUCACUGGAGGGUCCUCUGCCAACGGAGCCCGUUACCCUGCAAGUGACGGCUGCACUGACGGCACCAUGGCAUCCAGCUCGAAUGACUCUCACUACAGCGGCUCUCGCGUGGAGACUCCAGUGUCUUAUAUGGGGGACGACGACGACGAGGACGAGUACGACGAGAACGAUGAUGAAGACUAAAUCUGUCUACCCCUCGCCACUCCAACAAGCACAGUCCUUCAAAAAAAAAGAAAAGAAAAACACCUUCACCGUGGGGGAAUUUAGUCCCCCGCCUUUUUUUGUGUGUGCUUCUUCAACCUUUCCCCCCACCCUGCUGUUCCCCCCCCUCUCUCCAUGCCUGUAUUUCUGUCUGGCUUUCUCAGGGGUGUAGAUGAAUAUUAAAAAAAAAAAAUAAGAAAGAAAAGAACAGCGGUGUAUGUUGCACCCAUCUUUUUUCUGCUCCUGAAUCACGUGCACCUGCACCACAGCUCUUGGGGGGAGGUGUCGUCCAAGGGAACUGUAGUCUGACACCGAAGUCUUUGUAUGUCUAAAUCCACUUCUCAAUAAGCCAUCCCACUAGAAAAAGAAAGGAAAAAACACCUCUGUAAGACCUACUGCUGUUGGAGAAUGUAUAAUGUACUUGUUUGGAUAGUUAUUUCUUUUAUUUUUCAAUUGCAUAUGGCAGACA